AUGGACACAGAUGUCAUCACAUAUGACCUUCCACCUGCAAAGCACAGACAGACUGCAGCUGAUAACCCUCUCCUUGCUUGGAUACCUGAACGCCAAACAUUUCUUGAUGAAACUAUUUUUUGGAAGGGCAUAGGCACAAAGCUAUUUGCUCACUCUGUCACUGCAGCAAUUCCAAUAAAAAUUACCAGUGCAAGGAUUGUUUCGGACCUGGGAUGUUCUGUCGUGCCUGUAUUGUCCAACAACACCCAUGCCUGCCAUUGCAUAGAAUCAAACACACAACUCUCAAGUCUCUGGGUAUGUGAGUCCAGCUGGGUCACAAUCCUGGUCAUUGGUGCCAUAAUCCACAUCCCUCAUCUGGAAACAACUUUGUCGUCAUCGAUGUCAGUGAUUCGCUUCAAGCAGCUGCUACAAGUAUGCUGGUACCCCACAACCACAACCGACCCACAGACAGCUGCUACAUUUAAUGUACUUGAGUAUUACCACCUCCUCUCCUUUGAAUCCAAGGUGUCGGCAUAUGAAUUCUACCACAGUCUAGCCAGGUGCAGUGAUAACACUGGACUUUCACCUAUCAAAGAUCGGUACUCAGCUUUCAUGCGCAUGAUGCGAAUUUCUGCCUCAAACGCAAAGCAGUCUCUUCAAAUGAAGUUGAUCCAGGCUUUGAAUGCUGGGUGGGCAUACUUUGUGGAGGAAACAAAGUACAAGGAAUAUCUAUCUGUGUGGGCAGGCGAGAAACAAGAGCAUAGCACCUGUGUUGGCCACAAUGCAGUCAACAUGGCCAACACAAAAUCAGCACGUGGCCUAGCAGCAACUGGUGUAGGUACUGUUGACUGCGCAUGCCAUGAAUUCAAGUUGCCGACUAGGGUAGGAGAUCUUCAAAAGGGUGAAAAGUACCUUAAUAUGGACUACUUUGUGUUUUCAGCCCUGAUUGGGUUUAUGGUCACAAUGCUCAACAUCUCAUAUGACAUCACAUGCCAGUGGUCAAAGAAACUAUGGACUAGGAUGGACUCCAUGCCGGCUCAUUUGCAUGUGCUGCAUGACGCAAUGCAGAUUCGUUACUUUGUUCCCAAGUUCCAUAUCGGAGCUCACAUUGCUGCCUGCCAGACUAUGUUCUCAUGGAAUUUAGCCAGUGUUGAGAAGGCAGACCUUGAAACGCAAGAUGGAGGAUGCAGCAAAGUGGAAGCGGGGAACACUAGGCUAGAAGUCGAGGCAUGGGAGGAGGACAAUAUCAAGCCAAACCCUUUCGAAAGCAGAGUCGCUUCUAUUACCCAGGCAGCAGUGCAUGCUCAGCUUGUGGAUUUGGAAGCGCAGGAAUUGGAAGCUGGGAAUGAUUGCUCACUUCAUGUGAAUGUCUCACCCAGCAUACUUAUAAGUAGUGGGAUUGAAUUGGAGGAUCAGCAACAGCGGCUGAAAUAUGACAUUGCCAACGUCUCACUUCGUCCUACAGACAAGCAACAAGAGGCCAUCACCAACAGGACUAAUGCACUACAGAGAUGGAUAGACUCAUGGAUAAGCAUCCAAGAACUUUACAUGCCCAUAGUUUCAGCACUCCAUUCGUCAGUCAACUCUAACACCAGUGCCAUGGAAGCUGUCCUCAAGCCCCAACAGCUGUCAUCUCUCCUCCAGCAUGAAUGGGAGCUCUGGCACGCCCAGGCCCAUGAUGCCCUUAAUGAAAUCUGUUCCCACCUCUGUCUGCGCUCCCACAUGUAUAAAUUCAAGGACAAGAACCUAUAUGGCCAAGUGGCAUCCACUUGCACUCAGAAUCUGAUUGCACGUGUUGAAACGAAGAAAGAUGCAGGAAUUGAAAAAUACAAGCGUGCACGUCAGGCACUGGAGUCACUGAGUGGUUAUUUGGAUAAGUGGCAGGCCAACUGGUGGUGCGAGCGUGCCAACCUACGUGUACUGGAGAAGCCCUCCAACCAGGAGGGCCUGCAAGCAUAUGCAUAUCGUCAGGCCGCACUAUGUUGUGCGGUGCAUGGCUCAUUCCAAGCAUUGUGGAGUGCUGUGCCUCGACUUGUGGAAUCCACCCUUAUCCCUGAGGUCUCAGAGUUGAACAAUAUCCAUACACCUUCAAUUGACUGCCCCCCGACUUGCAUGAUGAGCCUCCAUAUGACGAAGACUAUGUGUAGCGCUACAUUUGUGUACUAUAUGUUGUGA